GGAAUUAAACUCACAAUUAUUGUAAGUUUAUAUUCUCAGGAAGAUAUUCUGAUUCUGAACAAUUUUCCUUCAUGCAUACAAAUAGACACUAUUUUCUGGAUAUUUUAUAGUCAAAGAUGAGUACUGAAAUAAUAGUUAGCUUCAUUUAUUUAAAAUUAACUCAGUUUUUGUCCUUUGAGAAAGACAAAGUGAAGAACUUCGAAAUAAUAUUCCCAAUCCUAUAUCAUUUGGCUGAUGCUAUAACCCAAAAAGUCUCCAGAAACGAACCUACAAAUAAAUGAAUCACCUCAUCAAUAACACUCAUCCCCCAGAAUUUUCAUCCCUUCUCAUUAUAAGUCCUUGAAUCUCCACACCCUUUCCUGCAAUCUUAAGCCAAGAAAUCUUUGAUUUUUCUUCUGAGUUCUUCAGCUUUCUUGAGCUUCUUUGAUCUUUCCUCUUCUUGUCUGCCAUGGCCGCCAUUUUACCCUGUGGUUUGGUAUCCCUCAACCAUGUAGGAGUAGCUCCAAGCCCAAUCCAACCAAAUUAUGAAGAUGAUCAUGAACAAACCACCCAAACUCCAAAGGAAGAAACUGGUGAGCGCGACUACUCUCAAAGGGGUCAAUGGCUUCGUGCUGCAAUAUUGGGAGCCAAUGAUGGUUUGCUUUCAGUUGCUGCACUGAUGAUGGGUGUAGGAGCUGUUAAAACAGAAGCCAAAGCAAUGGUGCUUUCUGGUUUUGCGGGGGCAGUGGCAGGAGCUUGCAGUAUGGCAAUAGGAGAGUUUGUAUCAGUGUACACUCAGUAUGAUGUUGAAGUUGCACAGAUGAAGAGGGAAAUGAGUGAAGAUGAUGAAGAGAAGCAGAUGGAGAAGAUAAAGGAUGUGAAACUGCCAAAUCCAUUUCAAGCAGCAUUUGCAUCAGCUUUGUCAUUUAGCGUAGGAGCAUUGAUUCCUCUGCUUGCUGCUGCAUUCAUAUCAGAUUAUAAGAUAAGGCUAAUGGUGGUUGUGGCUGUGGCUUCACUGGCUUUGAUAAUGUUUGGAUAUGUGGGAGCUGUGUUGGGAAAGGCUCCCAUUUUGAGGUCAUGUGUGAGGGUUGUGUGUGGAGGAUUGAUAGCUAUGGGUAUCACUUUUGGGUUGACCAAGUUACUGGGUUGUCGUGGAUUGCAGCUUUAUGAAUGAAUUGUGACCAACCCAUUUCCUUAUUUUCAUUGAAUAAGGUGAUGGUGAAUUGUCAUCCAACUCUAAAGCUUAGAUCUUGGAGUUGCAUCCUCAAUGGUUCAGAAGGCCAUAAUACACGAGACAUGGCAUUACAUCUUCAGUAAAGUUGUCAAGGACCAGAGUUCAUGAGGGAGAGAAAUCAAGGAAGAAGUGUCAUGCUGAAAAAUCUGACGCAUGGCAUUACAUCUCUGCCUAAUUUCCAAUCACACUGAGCCUCACCUUUUGCAUUUGAAACACCUCUGGUUUGGGGAAUCCAGUAAUUAAAGCAACGAAGUUCUGACCCAUUGGAAAUCCAACACUCACGUUAGGUUGGCAAGGUUCCCCAUACUGCUCGUGACAUUAUUAUCCAAGUCCGUAGCUGAUAUUUUAAGUUGGCGUGGUUGGGAAGAAAGGCGUUGGCAGGUGUUGAAAGAUUUGGAAAGAAGCUAAUUGUCAAGGUAGUCAGAUAAUUUUGGCAUCCUUUGAUAAAUUUUGGUACCCAUUGGAAAAUUUGGAAAGCAUUCCCAAACUUGACCAAGCCCUCCUUUAUGUCUGUUGUCCAGUGAUAGUAGUUGUUGUGCUGAUGUAGUUGCCGUUGCAGAUAACUUAUUUUGAAGUUUUUGGUCUUUGUGCCUUGGUUUGAAGACAAUUUCUGAUUACCCAAAGGUCCCUAGUGUUUAGCUGAAUUUUUGGUACUUUAAGCAAUGUCAGUGUAAGAUUUUCUGUCCAGGACCA